AUGGCGCUGGGCCGAGGCGGGACGGCGGCCGCGCUCCCGCUGCUGCUGCCGCGGCGGCCCGCGGGCACCGGGGCGGCGGCGGGGCUGGCGGUGCGCGGGCUCACGGGCGGAGGGGCCGCGGGAGGGCUGCGCAGGCAGCUGCGGGCGCCGCCGCCGGGCCCCGCCGUGCUGCUCGGCACCCCCGGGGCGCUGCGGGAGGCGCUGCGCCGGCGCUUCCUGGCCCUGGCGAGGCUGCGCUGGAUGGUGCUGGACGAGGCGGACACGCUGAUGGACGACUCGUUCACGGAGCUGCUGGAGGAGAUCCUGGCACACGCACCGCUGGCCUCUGGAGCCCCCAGGCCGUCCGGACCGGCGGAGGAGAGGACCCAGGUGGUGGUGGUCGGAGCCACCUUCCCUGCGGGGCUCAGCGAGACGCUGGCGAAGUUCACAGACGUGAGCAGGUUUGUCACCCUCACCACCCAGAGCCUGCACCGCCUGCCGCCUCACGUCCAGCAGAAGUUCGUCCGUCUCAAAGGCCGGGACAAGCUGCCCGAGCUGCUCCAGCUGUUAAAGGAGCACCCAUCAUCUGGCGGGGCUGUUCUCAUCUUCUGCAACAGUGCCAGCACUGUCAACUGGCUGGGCUAUAUCCUGGAUGACCACAGAAUCAGGCACCUGAGGCUGCAGGGACAGAUGUCAGCAGCUGCUAGAGCUGGCAUCUUUGCCUCUUUCCAGAGGGGUGAUGUGUCUGUCCUUGUCUGCACUGACCUUGCCUCACGGGGUCUGGACACCAGCAGCGUGCAGCUCGUGGUCAACUAUGACUUCCCAGACACCCUGCAGGACUACCUGCACCGUGUGGGGAGAGUUGGACGAGUUGGAAGCAAGGCACCUGGAGCUGUGGUUAGUUUUGUCACCCAUCGGUGGGAUGUGGACCUGGUACGGAAAAUAGAGACUGCAGCCCGGAAAAGGACAGGCCUCCCGGGAAUGGACUCCUCCAUUAAUAAACCUUCACCUAAAGGAGGCUGAUUCAAGUUGCUGGGCAGUACUAGGUGGCCUGGUAGGGACUCGCCUGAAAGUCCUUAAAGACAGAGUGACUGAGCUGCUGUUUGUAAAGUAGACUGAGAGAACUGAGAAUUGAGUUUCAGAGCUAGGUGUUCAGGUUAACUUUGUAUACUGUUCCGGAAGCUGCAGUAGUCAUUUCCAUACUCAUCACAACACACGGCUUUGCAAAAGGAAGCUAGUGAGUAACAGAAUGCUUUUGGAGAAGACUGAAGAAUGACCUCAUCAACUGAUUUGAUUUUGUUGAGACUUACAACUUAAAUUCAAAUCAGAAUGAAAGUAUGCCUGUAUGAUAUGCAGCUCUGUUACAUUUCAUUGCUGCCCAACACUAGCAGCUAAACGUUCAUUAUUAAAACUUAAAAAUUACUACUGUGGCAGGAAAAAAAAUGGAUAUAACUUUGACCUGUCAUAGAUACACGUAGAAAGACUAAAGGACAAGUGAUGUUUGAUUUUCUUGUGGUGUAGCAGUU